UAUUAAUAAGAGGUUUGGUUUGGAAAAAGAAGAGGGAGGAGUGUCGGAAUUAAGUUUUAAAUGCUAGGAAGGGCCCCUCCGAGUCCGACCCCCGGACCCUUCGUUUCAUUUUCUACUGCCCCAUGUCCCUUAGAACAUGGAGGAAAUUAUGGCGGAUUCCCAACCAUAAAAGCUCUCAUACAACCCCCCCUCCCAAACACUUCCCUAGUUCUUGAAGCAACAAAACCCAUCAUGCCAAAACUGAGAAGCCACGGCCAAAAGGAAAGUAACAGAAACCCACUUCUAUACUAUCAUUGCAAUCAAAUCCAACAAGAAAAGCAGCCAUGAUUUUUGCACUUCCUUUGCCAAUCACUCUUUUCAAAUCCGUUCACACUUGAAAAAAGCAAGAAAGAAAAGAAAAAAAAAAAAAAACUUCGGGUCACUCUUCCCAGGUAGUAAGUACUCUACUCUUAACCAACCAAAAAAAUUAUAAGAACAAAGAAAUUAUGGAGAUUGAAUCAGCCAAGUGCGAGUGUUGUGGCCUCAAAGAAGAUUGUACCCAAGACUACAUAACCGAAGUCAAGGCCAAAUUUAAUGGCAAAUGGCUUUGUGGGUUGUGCUCAGAAGCUGUAAGAGAUGAAGUUAGCAGAGGUAAAAAGCCAUUCGGAAUGGAAGAAGCUGUGAAGGCUCACAUGUCAUUUUGUGGUAAAUUCAAAUCAAACCCGGCGGUUCGAGUUGCAGAUGGGAUGAGGCAGAUGCUUAGGAGAAGGUCAGGGGAUUCAUCUUCUUCUCCAUCGUCCGGGGAUCAUAUCAUUUCAAAUGGAGGCUGCAUCUCGGUUUCCCUAGUUCUUGAUUUAUAUUGGUAUGUUUUUCUCUCCCUUUUUUUCUAAUCUCCCAACUUAUAAUCAUACUGGCAUGGGAAAAAAAUAAAAAAUAAAAAAUAAAAUCUUCUGCCUUUUCUAUUCCUUGAAAAGAAAACUUUCUUACAAUUCCCACGAAAAAAAAGAACCUUAUAAGCUAGCUCUUUUGUUGGAUUCUUGACUGUCCUUGAAGAAAUUUUCCCUGAUCAUCGUUGCAUUCUUUUGAUGACUCGAUGUUUGUAAAGAGAAUCGGGACAGUAGAACUGAAAUUUCCUUAAAAAAAUUUAAAGAUCUCAUGAAGUCGAUCUGCAAGUCAAUGAAUAACUAUGAAGUAUAUUAAUGCAUGGGGUUGAAACUCGAAUAUACAAAAUUGAACUCUUCCGGGUUAAUUUCUUGAUGCCUAAGAUAUUUUUCUUCCUACCUGACUCGAUCACUAUCAAGUUGAUUGUACAAACAUUAACUUCAUUAACAAUUCUCUGUUUUCUAGUAUUAAAAUUGUAGCAGAAAGGGUCAACUUCCCACUCCACUAUAAAGGACAAUUACCUCAACAUUAUGCCCUAAGCUUCAAUUAUUUAGGUUAAAUUAUUAAUUUCCCCAUUCUAGAUGAUUAGUGGUUGACAAGAGAAACAUGUUUAUUUUUGUAAUAAGCUAGGCUUUGCAGUACUGAUCAGAUGUGAAUGGGGUGCAUUUAGUAACUGUAUUAUAGCCCUUGAUCUUUGGAAUAUCAACCAAGUAGUACUUCAUGUUUGAUCUACCCAAUGAUCUCCAUUUCUGUUCCUAA